AUGGACAGGGCUGUUCAGCAGACUGAUUACGAUGCAUUUUCGUGUAGAAUGGCGGCAAUUUUGAAGGGGUACCUUCCGAGUAAAGCACAGAUGGAUACGUGCGGAUACAAAGACUACAAAGAGGUGCACGUUGAGUAUACAGGGGCACUGAAGGGGCUGAGUCGGAGGAUAUACUCGCAGGUGGACCGGGCGUGCCGGUCGCUGUUGCCGGUGAUGAACCACGGCAGCUAUGUUCGAGCAGUGUCGGUUGACAUGGAGGUUCACAAGUUUCUGGAGCGGCAUGGGGGCCGCGCUCAGGUUGUGAAUCUUGGCUGUGGAUCGGAUCUGCGCAUGGUAAUGCUACUGGAGAAGUACCGCGAGAUGAAGUACCUGGAUGUUGACUUCGCCGAGUGUGUUCGCCUAAAGAAAAAUGCGCUGCAGAGGCACUCAUUUGGGGCGCGUUUGGGCCUUGUUGAGGAUGGAUCUAUGGAGAUCGUUACGGAUCGGUACAGCCUUGUUGCGGGUGAUCUGAGGAACCUGGAAGUUGUGCUCGGGUUGCUGCAGAAGUACACUGCGGCGGAUGUGCCAGCGCUGGUUAUAACAGAGUGUGUCCUAUGCUACCUCGGGGACCAGGAUGCAAAGCGACUGGUUGACUGCGUGGUUGGGUUUUACAGCCAUGGGACCUGGGUCUCGUACGAUCCGAUUGGUGGAUCUGGGUCAAAUGAUCGAUUUGGAUCUAUCAUGCAAUAUAACUUGCGAGAAUCAAGACAGCUGGAAUUGCCGACGUUGAUGACCUACAACACGAAGGAUUCCUAUGCUGCACGGUUUCCAGGUGAGCCAAGUACGAAGACCAUGUGGGAGUACUACAAUGAGGAUUUGUUAAUGGAAGAGAGACGGCGUCUGAGAACGCUGCAGUUUCUUGAUGAAGUCGAAGAGUUAGAAAUUAUACUAACACACUACAUAAUCCUUACGACGAACUGGUGA